AUGCCGGACCACGAGAUUGUCUGGCUCCCGAGCUUCGUGAUGGACGAGUUGCGUAGCCUAGCUCUUCACCUCCCCUUCUGCUACACAAACCUGCGAAGGUCCAUCGCCGACCAAGUGUUGGCGACCGAUGCGACGCCGUCUUCAGGAGGGGCAGUCUUGGCCUCAGCACCUCCGGCACUGGCCGAAGAGUUAUGGCGACUCUCCGAACAUCGAGGCGAGGCUCUUCGGCUCGAUCGAGGCUCUGCUUUUCUUGAAGAUGCAGGGGAGCCCAAAGCACCGUCAGUCUUUGCUAGUGUUGCAGCGGAGUGCAUGGAAUGGAAGCCGGUUCAUGCCUCUGCCAUCACCAUGUCGGCCACCGCAGCUGUGAGAUGCUGGACCCUGUGGACGUCCGGUACGGCAGAGACGCGUUUGAAGCUCAAUGGGGCCUGGCCCGCUCACCAACCGCACCAGAUUCUGAGACCGAACGGGUGGCCUGAGGGCUGUGAGCUCCAUCCGCGCGUCGCGAUCGAGAAUCGCUUGUGGCGGCAUGCAGUGCACUUAGCCAACCUAGCCUACGAAAAUGGGAUCCCUUUCUUCCUCGAGCACCCCCUGUGCAGCAAGGCGUGGCAGUUCCGUGAGAUUGAGCUGCUUCGCGAGAAGGCUGGGGUUUCACGACACGUUCUUCACAUGUGUGCCUAUAGUGACGUGAGCAUUGGUGAGUUGCCCUACAAAAAGCCGACCUGCAUUCUUACUUCAGCCCCUUGGUUCGGAGCAGUGGUGAAAACUUGUCCGGGCUGUUUUUCGCAUGGGGAACCGCCGCGAAGGGCUUGUGCUAAACAGACUGGCGUGUAUCCUCGGGCCUUUUGCGAUUCGAUUGCCAGUGCUUUUGUGAAGUGGUGUGAUGACAGGGCGUCUCCAGAACGCCGGCCUCACACCGGCCUUUUGACGCAACCUGCGGGAUGCAGCUCUUUGGCUUCUCUCCUUGUGCGCUCGGCUAGGACUGCGGAUUACUCCUCGAUCCUCGGUUCGCGACAUAGACCAUGCACUCACGAAGGCCAUUGA